AUGAUUGGGGGUUUCUUUGUUGCACUUUUUUUGCUUCCUGCUGCAGUAAUCGCACUUAAUGUGUGCACUGAAUCUCAAACAACAUAUAUUACCACACCAUGUGAGACCGAUGGGAGUCAUUUUAUUGUGAAAGUUCCGAAGGACCCAAAAGUUUGCUCUGUAUCUGACGCGCCGAAAUUUGUGAAAGACUGCACUCAAUCAUGUCCACCCGGGCAGGUCCUGAAUGUUGCAUUGAGUGGAUGUGAAGAAUGUCCGGUUGGAACAGCAGCCCCUGGUGAUGUUUUCCUGGUGGAUAACUGGUCAACUUUACCAAGCGGAUUUUACUCUGACGUUCUGACUAGUAGAGACCCGUCUGCUUGCAAAGGUUUUGGAUGGAAACCUGAGGGUACCUAUCUUUUGGGAACGACUAAUACCCUUUGCGUCUCGGAGUUGACCCUGGAGAACAAAAACAUUAAAGCGGGCAAUGUCACUUUUUUAUUCAAACUGACAGAUCCUCUUUCACUAGCCUACUUCACGGUUCGUAAUGAGCGCUGUGUAUUGGACGGCGGAAGGAGUCACCUCUUGCUACCCAAUUAUAAGAACAGUUGGGUAUCAUUCUCAACAUCGGUUCCAGCCGGCUCGUCUACGCUGCAGUGGUAUCUCUACUCAGACAAUUACUAUAACAGGGGCUCUGAGGCAACGCAGUUUAAGCUGAAAUCGGUGAAAAUCACGGGUCGUCCUGCGACAAUUUCCUGUAUCGAAUGCGAACCCGGCUACUAUACCAACAAAUCAGGUUCUGACAUGUGUCACAAGUGUCCGCAGAAUACGAUUUCUACCCAGAAAGCCAGUUCUUGCAGUCCUUGUCCUGAUGGGACGUUUUCGCUGCCUGGUUCGGGUGUCUGCAGUAAGAAGGUGCCCUGUAAGCCCUCGGAAUACAUCACCCACUUUACCGAAUGCACUACCUCCCCCGAUACGCAACAUUUGGUAACCGAGCUCAUUGAACCGGUCAUUUGCGAAGAUACCAAACAUUCGGCACCAUCGAGCACCAAUGUGGCCUGCGCAUCUUGCCCCCUUGGUACAAAGGUGCUCAAUACAACGCAUUGUGGGACCUGCCCUUCGGGAUUUUUAACAUCCGUAGAUGGAAGAAGCUGUCAAGCCUGUCCCAAAGAUGAGGUGCCUGUCUUUGGCGUCAGAUAUGAUACCUGGAGCCGAAUGCCGCCCAGGAUGACAUCCUACUGUCAUGAUGUAGAUGACGGCGACUGUCGGGUAUGGCAGCUGAAUAGGUCGUCGAUAUUUGUGGGUCCUGGUCUGGGAAGCCAAGUCUACUCGGUGUUGGCGUUGGAUCUCACCGACGGCUUCUUGGGACCCAGGCCGGAUGAAUCCGUCUAUCUCGCUCGAUAUAUCAGCCCUCUGCCGGGCACAAAACUUGUCUUCGACUUUGAAUUGGUCUGUCAAGGCCCAUGUUCUCUCGUCUUCACUGUGGAUAUGCAGUGGUACUCUGUGGAGAUCGAGAAGUGGGCUGGCCGUGUUAACCGAACAACUUUCUCCUAUGAACCGUAUAGUUGCGAGGGCGUUUCGUUCUUGUGGGUGUUCAAACGAUGGGACGAACCGGGCUCAGAACUUGACCCUAACACUCGUGAUGACAGGGUGGUCAUCUAUUCCAUUGAAAUUAACAACACUCGCGAUAGUGGGGCUCUUGGCUGCAAAAAGUGCCCACUUGGGAUUGACAAACAAUUCUGCAAACCAUGUAAUGAUGGACUUUUCUACACAAUGAUAACGAAUGAGACCUCGGGCGAGUCGCAUGCAGAAUGUGUUCCCUGUCCGAAUGGAACUAUGGUUAUUGGUGAUGCGUCCUCAAUCAUGACGGUGGAACAGGCUUGCAGAGCUUGUCCUCCUGGAACCGUGCCAGGCAAUGGUGAGAAAUGCCUGAUCGACUUGCAUCCAGAAACAUCCACUGGUCAAAGAUACGAUUUGGAUGAACUACUGAGCAGUAAAUUUACAACAGAGGGAGCAAAGUUGUUUACUUCACAAGGUUAUGAAUUUCAAUAUCACUUCCAGUUGUUUCUGAACACUCGCAAACCCGAUUUGCAAUCUACUUGCAUCAAUAGCAACAAAGUUGAUGCGAACGUAACGUCCUGGAUAUGUCGAGAAAUCUGGAGUCCCUCGAAAGACGCGUCUGGAGUUGGAACUUACCUCCGUUCUAGCGCAAUGAGUCUUGGCGAUGUCUUGUUAAAGGGCGUGCAAACCAAUUCAUCUGAGGAAUUUGCUAAAGAAAUAAACUCGAAGCUUGUCAAUGGUGGAUGGAAAGCCGAUGAUAUAGGGACAGAUUUCCACCUUUUUUUCCAGACUAAAUCGACAACGAGUGCCUGUCCGGGCGGCAUCAAUACCAUCGUGACCCUACGGUGUGGUGAAGUCGACGAUGCCUCCAAGGUCUUUAACACCUCGGCACGUAUUCAAAUUCCCCCCAAUUGUGGAGUGGGAACGUGUGAUGGCUGUCAAUAUCAUUUUAUGGUGAUUUCACCUUUGGCCUGUCCGAUUUGUCGUAUGGAGGACUAUCAACGUAUUGCUGGUGGCUGCUUUGGUGGUUCUAUGGAGGUGACACUCUUACCUCCCAAAACUUGUCGUCCUGAAGCAAACUUUACAUCUGUCAUUACCGAGUCAUGUCCACUGCUCUCCUUGCAAGGCAAAAUUGCAGUUGGUUUCACAGUGGCCCUCAUCAUUCUACUCCUUCUCACAAUCUUCUAUUGCUACCGAAGAAAUAAGAAACUGGAAUACAAGUACAUGAAGUUGGUAGAGGGCGCAGAGGCUAGAGUGAAGAGUGCAUUCGAAAGUUCCGACUCCGCAGCUAACCAAGGCACUGAAUGUGGCAUUCCAGAGGAUGAAAAGGAGUUGGAGCUCUCUCCCCAUCAACUCGUCAAGGCCAUUGCUGGUAGUGAACGUGACAGCAAGUGGAAUCAACUAACCGCCUCAAGCAUUGGCGACAGUCGUGGAUCAACUUUUGGACCCGUCAUUUUUAGAAAUAGUACAGCCGACGAUUCGCGUAUCCUCACUCUGGAUGAUGGCAAUGAACCAAUAUGA